AUGGAUCCUGGCAACCAGAGCAACCACCUGCUUUUAAAAACGGACACCCUGAUAGAAAAGGAGGAGCCAAAUUCUCCCCACAUGCUCAGAGAAGACAGUGAGUUUCUGGCUAAAGGAGGAAGCAAAAAGGUUCUGGAAGAGGCAGCCACGGCAGACUUGGAAAUAAGAGAAAUAAACAAGUUAACAGCAGAAGUUAUCCGAACUCCUUUAAAAGUCCUCAAGAAAGUGGAAAAAUGCAAGCAGGUUGCUGAAGCUAUUAAAGAAGAAGCAGGAGCUCCUUUGCUUCCUGUGGCAAAGAAAGCAAGACAUGACAGCCAGUGCCCUUCAGAGCUGGGAGCUGAAAACCUUAAUCCCAGGACUGCAAAGGGGAAGGCAUCCAGUAGGAAGGUGCCAGUGUCCAGGAGCAGACCACCUCCUUCAGCCAGGGUGAAGCGCCUGAGCAAGAGAUCAAGCAGAAGCAAAUUUAUCACUCCAGCUACUGGUAGAUUUGUCGAUUUCUGUGCUCCAGGAGGCACCUCCAUGGUCACACCCAAAUUUGAUUCCAGCGUUUUCAAGACCCCGGGUCUGCGCACGCCCAAAGUGAACGAGCGUGUUUACACCAUCUCUGCCAACGGGAGCCCCCUGGCUGACAGCAGCGAUGCCUUCAUCACCCUCCCCGUGGGAGGAGGGGAGAGCAUUCGUUUAACAGCAAGUGAUUUGACCAAGAACAAUCUUCUUCAUCUGAACCCACAGGCCCAAGGAGUUAUGAAGCAGCUCUCAGCUCGUCUGGCACAGGCCUGCAGUGCAAGGACCCUCAGAUGA